AUGGACCGAUCCCGGCGAUGGAGAGCUGCGCGGGAGCUGCUGCGCUGCUUUUACGCAGAAGUGCUGCCGCUGGAAGUCUUUGUGCGGCGCCUGCAGAUGCGAACUCUUGCAACCGGCCAACCGCAGCCUCUCGUGCAGGACGGGGAUCCCGGGAGCUACCGUAGCCUGGUCGCCCAGUGUUUGGUGGGGCGGCUGGCUUCGUGCAAGGCCCUCCCUGCCUAUUUCGGCUUCCAGCAGGUUUCCAGUCAGGAUGAUGUCAUUACAAGAAUCAUUCAGAGAAUUUGUCAAAAGAAGAAAAAAAAUGUGUUGACAUUUGGUUAUAACCUAUUGAAUGAAAAUAAUCAACAGUUGCCUUGUAUGCCAAAUAUUGGUAGCUAUAUGCGUAAUAAUUCGACAGAAACUAUUCAAUAUAAUGUGCUCUGGGAGAUCAUUCUGAACAGAGUUGGGGAUGACAUCAUGAUGUAUAUAUUAGAACAUUGUGCUCUGUUUAUCCUUGUGCCUCCUAGCUGCUGUUACCAAAUUUGUGGAGAGCCCAUCUAUGCGCUUCCUUCAAGAAAUGCAACACGGCCUCCAAAGUUUCUUAGGCAGAGGGUUCCUGGGCAUUCACCUUGUAUCUUAACAAAUUAUAUCCAUAAAAAGUUUCAGUCUUCUACGUGCCCAUCUUUAAGAACACAGCAUUUAAAAAGGAAGAGGACAGGCCAAUGUGAUAUUAGUGCCAAGAAAAUAAAAAUUGUGAUAAAGGAGGACAAUGUAGAAAAAGAAACAAGAAACCCUGAUUCUAUAAAAAACCCAAAUCAGUUGAUUUUAGAUUGUGAUGAACCUGAGGCUUCUGUGGCAUGUAUACAAUCGUGUUCAAAAGGAUUAACUCUUAUGAACUCUGUUCCUCAGAGUGGUGGACUACAAAUGUCUGGGGUACCUAGUGCAACUAAUGACAAUCAAGGGGCUUUGGUGUGUGAAAAGCAAGACAGUAUAACUAAAACAUUUUGUGAAUCCAAUCUACAACCAACACGUAAUGCUAAGCUGCCAAAGCUGGUAACUAGAAUCUCUGGUGUUGGUUCUGUGCGGACGGGGCCUGCAAAAAAAGUCCUGCCAGAAAAAGACCUUGAAAUUUGCUCAUCUAAAUCUGUCAGGAAGCCUGACAGAUUUAGUAUUCCUGUAGUGCAUAUCGAGAGACGUUCUCUCUUAUAUUCCUACCAGCGUUUGAAAGAGUGUUUACCUAAAUCAUUCGUAUUAAAUCACUUGAAGGGCCAUCCAGCAGGAGGACGAUGUUUAGUAGAACAAGUAUUCUUUGGCAGUAAGAUUCUGAAGCAGUCUAGUAGUUCUGGCUUUCAAAGUGGUCCCAAGAAAAAGAAGAGGCUUCCAAAACGCUAUUGGCAGAUGAGAAGUGUCUUCCAAGAACUCUUACAGAACCAUUCAAAGUGUCCUUAUCAAGCAAUAUUAAAAAGGAAUUGUCCCGUUUCGGUUUCUGAACCAGAUAAGAUAAGCCUAGGGGAGCAGAGUUUCAAACAAAAUGGUCACCAAGUAGAGCAAAUUUCAUCAAGGAGGCAGCAGGACAAUCCAGUAGAAGGUUCCAUCGCAAGCAGGUCAGAUGCCUUGAACCUAUUUUCAGAAACGGAUGCUUCAAGCAGAAGCUCUGAAAGAACUGAAUUAUUUGAAAAAAAGGCUAAGGAACAGGUCCGAGAUUCCUCCAGUUCUGACUUCAUCGUGUUGCUGAAGCAGUAUAGCAGCCACUGGCAAGUGUAUACUUUUGUGAGGGAAUGCUUAGAGAGAGUGGUGCCUCCUGCACUUUGGGGUUCAAACCACAACAAGUGCCGCUUCUACAGAAAUGUGAAGAAGUUUAUCUCCCUGGGGAAGUUUGUCAUGUUUUCUUUGGAGGAAUUGACAUGGAAAAUGAGAGUGAGUGAUUGUGCUUGGCUUCGUCUCACCAAAGAAAGUGGCCAUUCUGUUCCUGCCUCUGAACAUCGUUUUCGGGAAGAGCUGAUGUCUAAAUUCCUGUACUGGCUGAUGGAUUGUUAUGUUUCAGAGCUCCUUCGAUCUUUCUUCUAUAUCACGGAGACAGCAUUUCAAAAAAAUUUACUUUUUUUCUUCCGAAAGUCUAUUUGGAGCAAAUUACAGAACAUUGGAAUCAGGAGCCAUCUGGCCAAAGUGCAGCUUCGGCUUUUAUGUAAGGAAGAAAUUGAAAAUUUGCAGCAGAGAAAGUAUGUUCCUCUGGCAUCAAAACUCCGAUUCAUCCCCAAACCAAAUGGGUUGAGGCCUGUGGUCAAGCUGAAUGGUGUGGUAGGAGCAGAAACAUUCUGCCGCAACAGUGGAGACAAAAAGGCUCAACACUUCAACAUGCAACUUAAAAAUGUAUUUAGUGUUCUUAAAUAUGAACUAUUGAAGAACCCUGCUUUGCUUGGCUCAACUGUGUGUGGAAAGGGUGACAUUUAUCCAAUAUGGAAGAAGUUUGUUUCAAGGGUUUUGGAAUCAUAUGCUGAAAUGCCUAAAUUCUACUUUGUGAAGGCUGAUGUCAGAGGAGCUUAUGACACUCUUCCCCAUGAUAAACUGGUAGAAGUGAUUUUACAGAUUCUUGCACCAGACAGAAAUACCACCUACAGCCUACGACGCUAUGCAGCAAUCAUCAGGACUGGAAAUGGAUGUAUUAAAAAAUGUUACAGAACACACGUCUCAACUUACAAUGAGUUUAUAUAUGGAAUGAAACAGUUUGUAUCUCAUCUUCAACAGAGCACUUCACUGAGAAAUGCUAUAAUUGUUGAACAGAGUGUUUCUCUGAGGGAAAGCAGUUCUAGCCUCCGGGAGUUUUUCUUGCAGUUGAUCCCUAAUAAUAUCCUGAAGAUUGAGGACAGGUACUAUGUGCAGUGCUGUGGAAUUCCCCAGGGCUCCAUUUUAUCAACUCUACUUUGCAACCUCUGCUAUGGAGACAUGGAGAAUAAGUUACUGUGCAAUGUGCAAAAGGACGGAGUACUGAUGCGUUUAACAGAUGAUUUUCUGCUCGUUACACCUCAUUUAGAACAAGCAAAAACAUUUCUGAGGACUCUAGCCAAAGGCAUUCCAGAGUAUGGCUUUGUUAUAAAUCCAUCUAAGACUGUGGUGAAUUUUCCUGUGGAUGAGAACGUUCCACGUAGCUUGGAGUUCAAACAAUUACCAGCUCACUGUGUUAUCCCAUGGUGUGGAUUAUUAAUUAAUACACAGACUCUUGAAAUUUACCAUGAUUACUCCAGUUAUGCUUACACAUCUAUCAGGUCAAGCCUGUCUUUCAACUAUACUAGAAAAGCUGGUGUGAACAUGAGAAAUAAAUUGCUUGCAGUCCUGCAGCUCAAAUGUCAUCCCUUAUUGGUAGAUUUACAGAUCAAUAGCCUUAGGACAGUGUACAUUAAUAUUUACAAGAUACUACUUCUGCAGGCCUACAGAUUUCAUGCCUGUGUUCUCCAGCUCCCAUUUCAUCACCAUAUCAGAAAUAACCCACGUUUCUUCCUGACGGUCAUCUCCGAUAGUGCUUCAUUCUGCUUCUUUUUUCUGAAAACUAAAAAUGGAGGUAGCUCAGUUCCUCAUUCUUACAAAGCAGUUCAGUGGCUCUCCUUCCAUGCCUUCAGCACUAAAUUGGCAAAUCACAGGGUGAUUUACAAGUGUCUUGUUGGACCUCUCAGACAGUGCAAAUUACGGUUGACUCGGCAAAUUCCAGAAACUACCAUGCAACUGCUUAUUGAAGUGAUAAACCCGUCAUUAUAUGAAGAUUUCAAAGCCAUCCUGGAUUAGCUCUAUAAAGCGACAUUCUUCUUCACGUUUGCCUUCCCACUUGCUUAAU